AUGGCGAACACAUUUCCAUUGGUGUUGCUCUUUUUAUCUGACAUCGUUUUUAGUAGCCAAACGGCUCCUUGGGUGCUCAACAGAGCUGAUCCUGGCAGUGGUGGCGUGUCGUUCUUCAACAACACCGUCACCGAUUCGUACAUGAUGGUGAGAUGGACCUGGAGGGACUCGUCUAGCGGCUUUUGGGACACAAGGUUGAGAGUGACGCUCAACAAAGAAGAAAUAACCGGCGGCGGAUUCACGUACUCCGAUCAGUAUGAAAACGAAUUGGCGUCGGUCAGAUGGUUUAGAACUAAAACGGAUGGACCGAUCAAAUGGAAGUACACUUCGUUCUCUUCGCCUCCCGACAGUUGGUGGUUGACUUCGGUGGUGCCGAAUGGCAAUAUAACUUGGGGUUUCAAAAAUCAAAUCAUUGACGGCUCGUGGGUGUUUAGAGUCGGUAAUGACACACUUGAACCGAAAAAUUUUCAAAAUGUUGAUGGAUGGUCAUCAUCGCAAGGGACAGGAAAUAGAUGGAAGAGAUCGUUGAAAUCACACAGGAAUGGCGUAGACAACUUACAAAUAAAACAAAGUGCCUCAGAAAACGACUACGAUGACGAGGAAGAAGAUAUAUUUCAAAAAAUUAUUGGAUGUUUCAYGGAGUUUUUCAAAAUGUUAGAAGGAAUUUUUCAGAAUUCCGGGUGACAUGUCAUAUUAUAACAUACCUACUAGCAAUGAGCCAAUAUAAUUAUUAACUAUACUACUUUUCUAGAAAACAAUGCAUUGUCGCUUCAGCAUGCUUGGGACUUCAUCACUAUAAUAUUAUAUUUGUAUUUAUCACCACUUGUCUUAUUAUUGUUAUAUUU